AUGAAUAACAUCAGCAGGUGUCUCGAGACCGGACGCCAAUUAAGACUCACCAUGGAGCAGGCCCCCGAUGCAACGUCUAGAAGAAAGGCGAAAGGGGAGUACCUGCUCUACAAGGACAGGCUGAUGGUGAAACUGCAUCGUGUGCUGGACUCCCUCGACAUGAUGGAUGGCAGAUAUGCCAGCGAGGUCGAGCUCUUCUUGCGACUGGUCUCCGAAAAAAAGGAGGUGUACCGGCGAUUACAUGGAAUGGACUUGCGUCACGGAAUUCCCGUGAGAGUCCAGGAGAAGAUCGCCUGGCUCCGCUGCAUGGAAACUGAUAAACUCAGCCUAGGAGUAAGAGUCAACAUGAAGAUUGGCGAGGUAUUUGACCAACACCUGAAGCCUCUGACGAAUGGUGUUGAACUGUCUAUUUGUUGCCCCCAUCGUUUUCGAUAUUUGCAAAAAGUAAACCCUUUUUUUUUAUGA